AUGCGAACGGCGACCUUCAGCAUAGGGUUCCUGGUGGGCUUGGCCCAAUCAGCUGCCCUCAACAGACGGGCUGCUCUCGAGGACUGCCUUUCGACGACCAACACUACCAUCGAUGUCGCCGGAUCAGAUGAUUGGGUUUCCGAUGUCAAGCCCUUCAACACGAGGUUGCCGUUCACACCCGAAGUAAUCGCUGUCCCAACCACAGUGGAGCAGAUCCAAAACGCCAUCGCGUGCGGCUCAGAGCUCGAGUACAAGGUAACCCCGAAGAGCGGUGGGCAUAGCUAUGCUUCGCUCGGUCUUGGAGGCGAAGACGGGCAUCUGGUCAUCGAGCUCGACCGCAUGUUCGCCGUCACGCUUGACAACGAGACGAACGUUGCGACCGUAGAGCCCGGCGCGCGGUUAGGGCAUGUCGCUACGGAGCUAUACAAUCAGGGUGGUCGCGCUAUAUCUCAUGGAACCUGUCCUGGUGUUGGCAUAUCAGGUCACGCCCUCCACGGUGGGUAUGGCAUGGCCUCACACAGUCGAGGUCUGACCCUGGACUGGGUGGCUGGCAUGAACGUAGCAUUAGCGAACGGCACACUCGUGCAUACGUCGGCAACAGAAAACCCAGAACUGUACUGGGGCAUGCUCGGGGCCGGAUCCAACUUCGGUGUUGUGACAUCGUACGAAUUCAACACAUUUGAGCCUCCGGCGAAUCUGACGUGGUUCGUGGCGACCUUGCCCUGGAAGAAGAACAAUUCGGUGCAGGCGUUGGAAGCAUUGGAAGACUACACCAUGAACAUCAUGCCAGCUGAGUUGAACAUGCGUGUAUUCGGCACAUCAAGCCUGACCCAGUUAGAAGGCGUCUACCAAGGGAACACGACGGACCUCCAAGCUGCGCUGGCACCGCUCUUCAACAAGACCGGGGGCACCAUUGGCGCAUCGAAAACGACUGACUGGAUUGGAAGCCUGGAACACUUUGCGACGAUGAGUCUCGACCAGACAAUCCCUUACAACCAGCAAGAGUACUUUUACAGCAUAAGCUUGGAACUCAAGGGUCUGAAUGGUACUUCUGCAGAGAACUUUGUCGACUAUUGGUUCGACACCGCGAAGAACCAGACCUCGUUCUGGUAUUACCAGAUGGACCUGCAGGGAGGCGUGAAUUCGGGCGUGUGGAAAGUCGACCACGACCUCACGUCGUACGCCCACCGAGACAAGUUGUACAUUCUCCAAUUCUGGCUCCAGCCAACGAGCGGCGAGAUCACCGAGGAUGGGUUCAAGUUCAUCGACGACUGGGCUUCGACGACCACCGCUCCUCUUGCGCCCGCUGACUGGGGGAUGUACGCGAACUAUCCAGACACCAGUCUGAACCGGACGACAGCGCAGCAGGUGUACUGGGGCGAAAACCUCUCGAGGUUGCAGGAGCUCAAGGCGCAGUACGAUCCGACGGAGCUGUUCUAUUAUCCCACCUCGCUGGAGCCAGCCGCGGCGACAUAG